GUAAGACAGUAACCAGGCUGGACUGGAGAGAGAGAGAUAGAUAGAGAGAAGAGAAAAAGAAGAGAGAUACUCACAGACCACAUAUCUCAAUUCAUAUCAGCGAGAGGAGAGCAGCAAAAUCCGAAAGUGGAAAAUCUCUGUUUACUAAUCCUAAUCAAACAAUCUUUCUUCUUGUUCUACAAUACAAAAAUUCUCCUCCAGGAGUUGGCUUGGCUGCAAUCAUAACUAACUUUCUUUAUCCAUUUCUCUGCAUUUACGCGUUUUCUUCUCUUACCACUUUGAUUUCUGUCCUUAUGGACUCUCGCUAGAUCUCUUCUCAAUUGCUCUCGCAAUGGCGGUGAAGCGGGGAUUAUCCGGUGCCGGCAUCCACAAGAACCGAGGCGGUGGAUCUCGAUUGCCUAUUGCACUUGUCAUUUUCUUCUCUGUUUUGGCGCCGUUGAUUUUCUUUGUCGGUCGAGGUCUUUACACAAAUGCUUCCAUUGAUCAAAGUAAUAUUCCAAUUGCUUCAAGUAAGCAGGACUUGGAUUGGAGAGAGCGGCUGGCCUUGCAACAUGUUAAAUCCCUUCUUUCAAAAGACGUCAUUGAUGUUAUCACAGCCAGCACAGCUGAUAUGGGGCCUUUAAGUAUUGAUUCUUUCAGAAAAAACAAUUUAUCAGCUUCAUGGAAAGUUACAGGGGUAGAGACAUCAGUCAAGAACAAUACCACUUCUGAGUCACAGAAAACAGCAACAGUUGCUAAGCAAGAGGCACCAAGGGGCAAAGGGGAUGGCAUCUCUGAUGAUCAUUCUCAAUUCAUUGACGCACCUGCUAAACUAGCUCGAAGGCAAUUGAGAGAUAAAAGACGGGCAAAGCGUGCAGCUGACUUGGUGCAGCAAGAUAAUGAAGCGAUUUUAAAGCUUGAAAAUUCUGCCAUUGAACGUUCUAAAUCUGUUGAUACUGCAGUUCUAGGCAAAUACAGUAUAUGGCGGAAAGAAAAUGAGAAUGAGAACUCUGAUUCAACAGUACGCUUAAUGCGGGAUCAGAUGAUAAUGGCAAGGGUGUAUAUCAGUAUUGCAAAGAUGAAAAACAAGCUUGACUUGCACCAAGAACUACAGAUUCGGCUCAAAGAGAGUCACCGUGCUGUAGGAGAGGCAAUGGCUGAUUCUGAUCUGCAUCACAGUGCUCCCGAGAAAAUGAAAGCCAUGGGCCAAGUUCUGACAAAAGUGAGAGAGCAAUUGUAUGACUGCAAAUUGGUCACUGGAAAGCUUAGAGCAAUGCUUCAAACAGCAGAUGAGCAAGUUAGGAGCUUAAAAAAACAGAGCACAUUCCUGAGUCAGUUAGCUGCCAAAACGGUACCCAAUGGAAUUCAUUGCUUGUCUAUGCGCCUAACAAUAGAAUACUAUCUCCUCCCUCCAGAAAAGAGGAAGUUUCCCCGAAGUGAGAAUUUGGAAAAUCCUAAUCUUUACCAUUAUGCUCUCUUCUCUGACAAUGUCUUAGCUGCAUCAGUAGUUGUCAACUCAACCAUCAUGAAUGCCAAGGAUCCUUCCAAGCAUGUGUUCCAUCUUGUUACUGAUAAGCUUAACUUUGGAGCUAUGAAUAUGUGGUUUUUGUUGAACCCUCCAAGAAAAGCCACUAUUCAUGUUGAAAAUGUUGAUGAAUUCAAGUGGCUUAACUCAUCCUAUUGUCCAGUUUUGCGACAGCUUGAGUCUGCUGCAAUGAAAGAGUAUUACUUCAAGGCAAAUCAUCCAACCUCUCUUUCAUCUGGUUCUUCAAACCUCAAGUAUCGGAACCCAAAGUAUCUUUCAAUGCUGAACCACUUGAGGUUCUACCUUCCUAAGGUCUAUCCCAAGUUAGAUAAGAUCCUGUUUCUUGAUGAUGACAUUGUUGUUCAGAAAGAUUUAACUGGAUUAUGGUCGGUAAAUCUGAAUGGAAAAGUGAAUGGGGCAGUGGAAACCUGUGGUGAAAGCUUCCACCGAUUUGAUAAGUACCUAAACUUCACAAAUCCUCAUAUUGCAAGAAACUUUGAUCCAAAUGCUUGUGGUUGGGCAUAUGGGAUGAAUAUUUUUGAUCUUAAGGAAUGGAAAAAGAGGGAUAUCACAGGAAUAUAUCACAAGUGGCAAAACAUGAAUGAAGAUAGGGUACUUUGGAAGCUCGGAACAUUGCCUCCAGGUCUGAUUACUUUUUAUGGUCUGACACAUCCACUUGAGAAGUCAUGGCAUGUGCUUGGCUUGGGUUACAAUCCAAGUGUUGAUCGGUCAGAGAUUGAUAAUGCAGCAGUUAUCCACUAUAAUGGCAACAUGAAGCCAUGGUUGGAGAUAGCAAUGACAAAGUACCGGUCAUACUGGACGAAGUACAUCAAGUAUAAUCAUCCGUACCUUCGCAGCUGCAAUCUAAGUGAAUGAGCUUGAUCAAGUGCAACUAGGGUACAAACAAAUGGUCUUCCCUUCUGCAAAUUUAAAGGUCAGUUGAUCGAUUAAGCACAUGAGAAAGUAUGCAGUUGAAUUUUCUGUGCAGCAAUUCCUUCUUAUCCCACAUUGUUUAUUCUUCUUUGUAAUUCAUUAAAUUUGUUUUCAACUAGGUGAUAGAUUUUAUGCAUUGUUGACCUGUAAAAAACCCUACGUGCAGUUCUUUCCUUCCUCUCGCCUCUCUGCCUCUCUCUCUCUCUCUCUCUCUCUCUCUUCUGAGCCAUGUUCAAUUUUGGACAGGAAUAGUAAACUUAAUAUAAAUGUGAAUGUUCUGUAUUCUUUUGACAAUGAUAGACUAAUAUCAUGGAUUUUCUGCCUUCCAA